CAGCACGAUCAGCCUUGCGACCCACAGCGCUGGAUAUUAGGUUAUCAGCGCUCCGGCACAGCCCUUUUUGUCGCAUUACGACGGUGGAGGCGCACGCGCGUCGAAACUGCACGCACAUCAGCAGCACACUAGAUCGGCUCCGGACUGCAAGCAAGAGAGCACCGGAGCGGCGCGCAGCGAUCGAGUGAUCGUCUCGGAAGGCCGACGUUUGCACGUUGCACAAAUGAAGCUGCACGCCGCACUCGCGUGCGCACUCAUCUGCGCGACGGCCGCGCUCGAAUCGGUGCCCGCCGACGCGUUUCAGAGCGUCGCGCGCGGCAACGUCGCGGUCGUCGACAACUUCCUGGCGCGCGACGUCGUCGCCGCGCUGCGGGGCGACGCCGAGGAGCUGUGGGACGCCGGCUUGUACUCCGUUUGUGGCCAGCGUCCGUACACGCCUAUCGCCGCGACCCUCGCAACAACGCAGGCGCCGACGCGCGACACGAAGCUCAAGCGGAGGAACGAGCGCUUCGUCCUGCGCGGGAGCGUGUGGCGCGACUUCGGGGUAGGUAGAGGCACCGCGCGGAGCCGCGUCGCCGCGACGAUGGAUAAAGUAAGGGACGCCUGCGCGGCGCGCCUCGGCCGCGCAGAUCUACAAAGGACGCCGCCGGCGCGCCACGAGUUCUCGUACACGCGCUUCGCGCCCGGCGCGUCGCUCGCGCGGCACGUCGACGAGCACCACGAGGAGACCAAGGGCACGGAGGGCUGGCGCGCGCCGACGCGCCGGAGCGUCACCUGGCUCGUUUAUUUGAACGAGCGGGACGUGGCCGGCGGGCGGCUCCGCGCGUACGAGCGGCGGCGGCCGAUCGCGGGCGACGCUCAGGUGGGCGCCACGGCCGACGGCGACCUGCAGGUCGGCUGGCUCCGGGCCUCCGCGGCCGACCCCGUGGAACGGCCCGUGUUCCUGGCGUCGCGGCUCCACGACAAGGAGGGCAACUGCGCGCUGCGCGUCGGCGACGCCGUCGUGUCGCGGCCGUUCCACGCGUCGCCGACGCUCUACGUGAACGCGGACUUCGUGCUCCAGUCGCUCUUCCUCGACGCGUCGCUCGCGAAGCGGUUCCAGCGGCUCGAGGAGCUGCGGACGCCGCUCAACCCCGACCCGCCGAUCCAGGGCGAGUACGAGUCGCGCGACGUCGCGCCGCUCGCGGGGCGGCUCGUGAUGUACGACUCGGUGGCCGUGCCGCACGAGGUCUUGGCCGUUCGUCUCCCGCGCCCGUUUGUUUUUUCCUUCUACCCCGUAUAUACGCCAUCGCCGCGACGUGCACCCCUCCGCAGGUCGAGGGCGACGCGCCGCGGUUCGCGCUGGCGGGGUGGUUCCACGAGGGGCAGCAGGCGAUGCACGAGCCUGUUGGUGGCGUGCGGGAGAGUUACUAAUUUCCUUACAGAAACAUCGCUUUACAACAACACACUGCCCCGAAGAUUCAGACGUCCGCGCGUUCUCCGCGACAGGUCCGCGGCAUCGGCGCGAAAGACUCACACGUCCUGGCAGCGCUGCCUCCGCGACGGAACAGUUCAGAUGACGCCAUCGCCGCGAAAAUGACACGAAGCGCGUCCUCCAGCGCUGCGUCCGAGCAGAUACGCCGUCGAGCGGCCCCUCUG